AUGCAGCCAACAACAGAGGAGAAUAAUAGAAACCAACCUCCUCCUGAAAAAUUCAACAGCUCUGUCGAAACUGGUUCUACUUGUAGUAGUAUUACUGCUUCUUCUAGUCCUACACGUCCCCAGCAGUCUGCCUCACAGGGCGAUGUUUCGUGCCCCGAUCAGAAAUCAAGUUUUAGCCCGCAUUCCGGCGCUGCUUCUGGAGAAUGCACUUCUAGUAUUAUUAGUAACGGCCAGGAGGACGUUGAACAAGUCUCUGAGGAUAUCAAUAGGUACGCCGACUCUCUUGCCGAUGACGACAAGUCCAAUCCCCCGGAGGUUCCUCAUACGGUGGAGGCAUUCUCCAAGAUCAUAGAAUCAAGAAUUGACAACUACUACUCCCAUUCAGGCGAAACUGCUAGAAAGAGGGUCAAGAAAAUGACGGAGGAAGACGCCUUCUUCAUCGAAGCCGUGAUGCGCCUGUCCAAGCUAACCAACGCCUUCAGCGAGUUCCCACCCUCCGAAACAUUGAACAGAACCAGCUUCGUUUUGCAGAAGGCAAUGGCCUUCCUCGAGGAAGAAAUGCGUUUUUUGCUGGAAGAUUCUAAGCUUCCUCCUCCUCCCGAUUCCGUCAAUCCUAACACCCACCAUCACCACCAGCAGCGGAUCGCCAAAAACUCUUCUUUCAGUUCCAAGGACAAGGACUCAUCCGAUCAUCAUCGUCAGUCCUCCUCCAUGAACGGUGAUCAUAAUGAUGGGGAGGACGAUUUUCCAGGGUAUUCCCCGGACACCGUCACCAAAAUGAAUCGAAUUGCAUCGGCGAUGAUAUCAGCAGGAUACGAGAAGGAGUGCUGUCAGGUGUACUCCAUCUCCAGAAGGAGCAUUUUCAACCAGCAAUUGAAGAAGCUCGAAUACGACAAGUUGAACAUGGACGACGUGAGGAUGUCUUGGGAAUCUCUCGAAACAGAGAUCAAGAGGUGGCUAACCAUCGUCAAGCAUUGCUCCAAGUUACUCUUCCCCGCGGAAAAACAGCUGGGAGAGACCGUUUUCGCCCACCAUCCUUCCCUUUCCACCAGCAUCUUCAGCAAUUUGGCUCGGGCCGUGGUGAUUCAGUUUCUUGAUUUCGCCGGGGCGGUGUCACUCACCAAGCGCUCCGCAGAGAAGCUCUUCAAAUUCCUCGACAUGUACGAGACGCUUCUCGAUCUCAUACCCUCCAUAAUCACCGACGAUGAUUGCUGCGAGCACGAAUUGAGGUCAGAGGUCUCCGCCGCUGCUGGCCGCCUUGGCGAGGCAGCCAUCAACAUAUUUCUGGAUUUGGAGAAUUCCAUCAAGAACGACGUCGCCAAGACUGCGGUCCCAGGUGGGGCAGUGCACCCGCUUACUCGUUACGUGCUGAAUUAUCUCAAGUAUGCAUGCGAGUACAAAGGCACGCUGGAGAAAAUCUUUGAAAAGCAAGCAGGAUUGGAUCAAAAUCAUUCUUUAUGUGAUUCGCGUCCGGCUAAAUAUACAAAACAUGAAGAAAGAGAGGGGGAGAGCAGCCCGCACAAUUUGGAACACGAGGCGAGUACGACCCGGUUCUCGGUGCAGGUAGUGACAGUUAUGGAUCUUUUGGACGCGAAUCUGGAAGCCAAGUCGUUGCUGUACAAGGACCCUUCUUUGCGUUACAUAUUCUUGAUGAAUAAUGGGAGGUACAUACUGCAGAAGGCGAAGGGGUCCACUGAGAUUCACCAAGUGAUGGGCGACAAUUGGUGUAGGAGAAGAUCAACUGUCGUGCGGCAGUUUCACAAGAACUACCAAAGGGAAUCGUGGGUGAGAUUAUUGCACAGCUUGAGCCACGAGGGGUUGCUAGUUAACGGGAAAGUGAACAAGCCAACGUUGAAGGAGAGGUUCAAGAAUUUCAAUACAAUGUUGGAGGAGAUACACAAGUUACAGAGUACGUGGGUGGUUAGCGACGACCAGCUUCGUACGGAGCUAAGACUCUCCGUGGCCGCGGUGGUUAUACCCGCUUACCGCUCUUUCUUAGGCAAGUUUAGACAGUAUUUAGAUAGUUCCAAGCAAGUUGAGAAGUACAUUAAGUAUCAGCCCGAAGACAUUGAGGCCUUAAUUGAAGAACUUUUUGAUGGCAAUCCUACCUCCAUGGGCAGGAGGAGAUAG